CUUGGUGGACUUUCACCUGAAACUCUCCUCGGUGUCUUGAGGUGGAUCACGUCAGCAGUCGACAUGGAGGAAGACUGUGAGGUAAACUCUGGAUCAGAUUCAUUAAAACCAAUCAAAGCUGAUUCACUACCCAACAUCCGUCCCAGGGGACAGCCCGUACAGGCGCUGAGUACGAGUGAGACAGAGUCCUGUUUGCUCGGCAGAGGGCCGGAGCCUCAAAGCCAGCAAUGUUAGCAAGCCAAUGGAAAAUGACAGAAUUGACAAACAGUCAAUAGGGUCACAGGGGACGGGGUCAGACAUGAUCUACACCAUCGAAGACGUCCCACCCUGGUACCUAUGUAUUCUACUGGGAUUACAGCAUUACCUGACAUGUUUCAGCGGCACCGUGGCCGUUCCCUUCCUGCUGGCCGAGGCCAUGUGUGUGGGCCGGGACCAGAACACAAUCAGCCAGCUGGUGGGAACCAUAUUCACCACAGUGGGGGUCACCACGCUGAUCCAGACCACUGUGGGGGUCCGGCUUCCUCUGUUUCAGGCCAGUGCGUUUGCGUUCCUGAUCCCGGCCCAAGCCAUCCUGGGUCUGGAGCGAUGGAAGUGUCCCAGUGAGGAGGAGAUUUAUGGGAACUGGAGCCUUCCUCUCGACACGUCUCACAUCUGGCAACCCCGCAUCAGAGAGAUCCAGGGGGCCAUCAUAGUGUCCAGCUGUGCGGAGCUUCUGAUUGGUCUGUUUGGGUUGCCAGGUUUGCUGCUAGAUUACAUCGGCCCACUGACCAUCACUCCAACUGUCUCACUGAUCGGCCUGUCUGUCUUCACCACGGCUGGAGAGAGAGCUGGGUCUCACUGGGGUCUGUCAGCGCUGUGUAUUCUGCUGAUCGUGCUGUUCGCUCAGUACCUCAGGACGACCUCACUUCCUGUUCCUGUUUGGAGCAGGAAGAACGGUUUGAGCUCCACCAGAGUCCAGGUCUUCAAAAUGUUCCCUAUCAUCCUCGCCAUCAUGACCGUUUGGCUCGUCUGCUACAUCCUGACUCUGACCGAACUGUUGCCUAGAAACCCCGAAAGCUAUGGACACAAGGCGCGAACCGACGCCCGGGGGGAAAUCAUGGCGUCCUCGCCGUGGUUCAGAGUCCCUUAUCCCUGUAAGCCAAUCACAGCCCCCCACAUCAAGCAAUCAGAGUCCCUUACCCCUGUAAACCCAACACUAUCAACCAGAGAUUCUCACCUGGAAUCAUCCAAUCAAAGCAGCUCAACUGUGUGUCUGAUAGGUCAGUGGGGUUUGCCGGUGGUAACGGUUGCUGGGGUGCUGGGCAUGCUCAGUGCCAUCAUGGCGGGAAUCGUGGAGUCCAUUGGGGAUUAUUACGCCUGUGCUCGACUGUCCGGAGCAAUGCCCCCUCCGGUCCACGCCAUCAACAGGGGGAUCUUCACUGAAGGCGUCUGCUGCAUCAUCGCCGGGCUGCUGGGAACAGGAAACGGCUCCACCUCCUCCAGCCCAAAUAUAGGCGUGCUGGGCAUCACCAAGGUGGGCAGCCGGCGGGUGGUGCAGUACGGAGCAGGCAUCAUGCUGCUGCUGGGAUCUGUGGGGAAAUUCACUGCUCUGUUCGCCUCGCUGCCAGACCCCAUCCUGGGGGGGAUGUUCUGUACCCUGUUCGGUAUGAUCACAGCUGUCGGCCUGUCUAACCUGCAGCUGGUGGAUUUGAACUCGUCCAGAAAUCUCUUUGUUCUCGGGUUCUCGAUGUUCUUCGGAUUGACUCUGCCAGCGUACCUGGACACACACCCUGCCUCCAUCCGCACAGGGGUUGCAGAGCUGGAUCAGAUCCUAACAGUUCUCUUAUCCACUGAGAUGUUUGUCGGAGGUUUUCUGGCUUUUUGUCUCGACAACACAAUACCAGGGUCCCGGCAGGAGCGAGGCUUGGUUCAGGGGAGAUGCUCCUCCUCUUCCUCUUCCUCCUCCUAUGACCUUCCUCUGAUGAUGGACUCCAUCAGAAGGACCCGCCUCCUCCGCUGGUUUCCCAUCAGCCCCACUUUCACGGGGUUCAGAGCUGCAGCCACCGCCCCCCUGCCAGAGGGGGAGGAAAGAGGAGAGGGGGGGGGAGGAAUAGUAGAGGGGGUGGGGGAAGCUGCUGUUAAUCCUCUUGGUCCUGAGCAGGAAUCCAACCUGUGACUGAAGGUCUGAGGCGCUGAGAGACUGAGGGUCUGAGUGUUUUAGAGUCUGAUGGUCUGAGGGUCUGAGUGUUUUAGAGUCUGAUGGUCUGAGGGUCUGAGUGUUUUAGAGUCUGAUGGUCUGAGGGACUGAGAGUCUGAGGGUCUGGGGGUUUUAGAGUCUGAGAGCCUGAGGGUCUGAGGGUCUGAAGGUCUGUUACACUAUCACAUGAAAGCUCAGACAACAGGAGUCCUGCAGGGUCUCAGAUUAACGUUCAAACAUUUUAAUGUUUUAAUGUUUUAAUGUUUAAAUGUUUUAAUGUUUAAAUGUUUAAAUGUUUUAAUGUUUAAAUGUUUUAUUGUUUAAAUGUUUUAUUGUUUGAGUGUUU